AUGGCCAACCACACUCAGAAGACCUACACUCUCAACACCGGCGACAAGAUCCCCGCCAUCGGUCUGGGAACUUGGCAAUCCAAGCCCAAUGAGGUCCGCGUGGCUGUUAAGGACGCCCUUCUGAAGGGUUACCGUCACAUUGAUACCGCCCUGGCCUACGGCAACGAGGCCGAGGUUGGUGCUGGUAUCCGUGACUCCGGUGUCCCCCGCGAGCAGAUCUGGCUUACCACCAAGCUGGACAACACCUGGCACCACCGUGUCGAGGAUGGAAUUGCCUCCUCGCUGAAGGAUCUCGGUGUCGACUACAUUGAUCUCUACCUGGUUCACUGGCCCAGCUCCACCGACCCCGAGGACAAGUCCAAGCACCUCCCCGACUGGAACUUCAUCAAGACCUGGCAAGAGAUGCAGAAGCUCCCUGCCACUGGCAAGGUCCGCAACAUCGGUGUCUCCAACUUCGGCAUCAAGAACCUCGAGAUCCUCCUCAACGACCCUUCCACCAAGAUCGUCCCCGCUGUUAACCAGAUCGAGCUGCACCCCAACAACCCCUCCCCCAAGCUGGUUGCCUACAACACCUCCAAGGGCAUCCACUCCACCGGUUACUCCUGCCUGGGCUCUACCAACUCUCCUCUGUACAAGGACGCCACCCUCCUCGAGCUCGCCGAGAAGAAGGGCAAGACCCCCCCAGCAGGUUCUUCUGGUCUGGGCAAGUCUCGCAUUGACGGCAACUACGAGAUUGACGGUCUGACUCUGUCCGAUGACGAGGUUGCCCAGCUGGAUGGCCUGAAGGACCGCUUCAAGGUCUGCGGCGAUGCCUGGUUGCCCAUUAAGGUUUUCUUCGGCGAUGACGAGUAA